CAGGACAUCAUCGACCUGGAUCAGACGAUGCAGCACCUGCAGCUCGCCCUCAACUUCACCGCGCACGUCGCGUACCGCAAGGGCAUCAUCCUCUUCGUGAGCCGCAAGCGCCAGUUCUGCCACUUGGUGGAGAGCACGGCGCGGGGCUGCGGGCGGUACUGGCAGGGCGGGCUGCUCACCAACGCGCACAUCCAGUUCGGCGCCGGCGUGCGCCUGCCCGACCUCAUCGUCUUCCUCAGCAGCCUCAACAACAUCUUCGAGCCCCACGUGGCCAUCCGGGACGCGGCCAAGAUGAACAUCCCCACGGUGGGGGUGGUGGACACGAACUGCAACCCCUGUCUGAUCACGUACCCCAUCCCGGGCAAUGACGACAGCCCCAGCGCCAUGGAGCUGUACUGCAAGCUCUUCAGGAUGACCAUCAUCCGCGCCAAGGACAAGAGGAGGCAGAGCGAGGCCGUGGAUGAGCUGCGGAGCAAAGCAGAGGGCAAUUAG